GAAAAAGAGAAAUAACUAUACUACAACAUCAAACUUUUCCUCAAGUCAUGAAUGAGUUUAUCCAAGCUUUACGAAAACAGACGAUUGAUACUGAACAUUCUGGUACGAUUAAAAAAGAUAAAGAGAACAGAGAGAAUAAAGAAAAAAUGAAAAGAGAUACUGAAGCUGCGAAA